AUGGGCAACGGUGGCGUCAACUAUGGCGACGACAUUCUCUUCUGUGCCCAAGGCUCAAUGACACGACCUAGCGGUCUAUUCAAGAUGUCAAGAACACCGCCAUAUGCGACUGAACCUGUCAUCAUUUCUUUCCAUUCUCGGCCAUUCAACUCUGUCAACGAUGUUGUCGUUAGCAAAGAUGGAAGCAUUUGGUUCACUGAUCCGCCCUAUGGUCACGAGCAAGGCUACCGCCCUCCUGCGACCCUGCCUAGCCAAGUCUAUCGCUUUGAUCCGGCGACGUCUUCGAUCCGGGCCAUGGCGGACGGUUUCGGCAGACCAAAUGGAAUUUGUUUCUCGCCUGACGAGACUACCGUCUAUGUAACAGACACGGAUCUUGUUCACGGCGAUGGUACACUAGACGGCAAUCGGGUUUCGACCAUAUACGCUUUCGACGUAGAACAGCGCCACGGACAGCCCGCGUUGCUGAACAGGAGACUAUUCGCAUCCGCCGACGUCGGUAUACCAGACGGAAUUAAGUGCGAUACGAACGGAAAUGUCUACAGCGGAUGCGGGGACGGUGUGAACGUUUGGUCUCCUGGCGGUGUCCUACUUGGUCGUAUCCUCAUCGACGGUGGUGCCGCCAACUUUUGUUUCGGACGCGGGGGCGAGAUCUUCAUACUUAACGAGCAUCGUCUCUGGAGAGCACAGUUGAGCAAGUCGGUCAAGGGUGCACUUCUAGGGAUUUGA